AUGCGGCAAUCUCUCUAUUAUGGAACCACGCUGUGCAAGUUUUUCGAGAAGGGCAAGUGCUCUCGAGGAAAUAAUUGCAACUUCGCGCAUGGGCGCAGACGACUUCGUGACAAGCCGGAUCUUGCUAAGACAAAGUGGUGUGCUACCUUCCUGGAAAGUGGCUCGUGCCCUCGGGGCGAGGAAUGUCCUUAUGCGCACGACACGGAUGAGAAGCGUAAGUAUCGCGGCAAACAUGUGGUCUCGGUAGACCAGGCGGCUGAGCUGUACAUCUCGGAUACCUCUGAUGUUCUGGAAGAGUCAAUCCCAACAGAACAGCCCGACUCAUCGGUUGCUGCCGGCAGCAGCCACACAAAUGCCUCGGCAUCGACUCGCCAAAAGCCCGAUUUCGAGGAGUCAGACACAUCCGGAGAAGUGGCGCCUACGAGCGGAAGAAGCGAGCCUGACGAAGCGGCCUCUCAAGAUUCUGACGUACCUUACGGUGGCCCGGUUCUUGAUGUCUCCGUCAGGAACACAUUCCUGCACUUUCAGGAGCAGUCUGAGGGCAGCGGCCUACGUCGGUCUGCUUCCUGGUCCGAAGGGGUCCCAGGGACAGCAGAAGCUCAAGAGCGGUCCGAUCGAAGCGGGUCAGAUCGGGAAGCUGUGGCGCUACAGCUCUCAACUUUCGAGGUACCAGCUUGA